GAGGAGGAGUGGACCGCUGCCUUGCAUCUCUCUCCGGCUUUCCCCCGCUUCUGCCCCUUCAUCCUCAUCCUCCAGCACAGCAGCCGCUUCAGCUUCCUCAUCAUCACCUUCCUCAUCAUCACUAUAAUCGGCGGCGUCUCCAGCAGCGCAGAUCGAGGAGCUCCAGCAAGCGUCGCGCAUUUUCAGUGGCUGCAGAGGGAGCAUGGGGAAAUGGCAGUUGAAGAGAACCUACCCAAAUCUUCAUUUAUGACACUCGUCUUGGAUUUCGCCCCAUUAAGGACUAUUUAAUAAAAACAAAAGAUUAUUCCUUUUGACUCUUAAGGAAAAAUGGAUGUUUCCUCAUCCUCCAUGCAGUACGGAUCCAAAAAGCGGGUCAAGAUACACCCGAACGCAGUGACUGUUAAGUACGCAACGCAUUUCCCCCAGCCGGGCGACGAGGGCUAUGAUGACGCUCCUUCUUUUGAGGAUUUCGGUGCCUUUGCGGAGGCCAAUUCGGGGAAGAGGCUUGUCUCAGACAGCAAAGGUGGAAGGACAUUUUUUGGAACUAUGGAAACCCAGCCAAAGCAGCCGAGUGUGCCCAAGGACAAGGGUGUUGGGGGUCAGCUGGCCAGCUUUGGGGAGGCGAAUGUACUGGCCUCCAGGGUGACAUGGAUGGCCUUGUUUGGGGCGGCAGUGGCUCAUGGCUGCGUGGCACUAAUAACACGAUUGGCAGCUGACCGCUCCAAAGUUCCCUCCCUCGAGCUCCUAUUUAUCCGUUCAGUCAUUCAAGUGCUCUCCAUCCUGGUGGUCUUCUACUACCACGAGUCACCCUUUGGUCCGAAGGGCUACAGGCUGCGUCUCUUCUUCUACGGUGUCUGCAAUGUCAUUUCAAUCACUUGCGCCUACACGUCCUUCGCCAUAGUACCACCCAGCAACGGCACCAUCAUGUGGCGGGCGUCCACGACUGUCUUCAGUGCAAUUCUGGCCUUCCUGCUGCUGGACGAGCGACUCGGGUACACAGAUGUGGUCACUGUGGUGGGAAGCGUGUUCGGCCUGUGUCUGGUGAUGGUUCCAAAUGUUGCCGAUGAGGAGAAAUCCCGGCUGGGGUUUUGGAAAGAGGCUUUUGGCUACACAAUGACAGUAAUGGCCGGUUUGACUGCCGCCCUCUCUAUGAUCGUCUACAGAGCCAUAAAGGAGCGUGUCAGCAUGUGGACAGCACUCUUUACUUUUGGCUGGACGGGCACGGUUUGGGGCGCGUCCACAAUGUUUAUCAUGCAGGAGCCAAUCAUUCCUUUGGAUGGGGAAACCUGGGGUUACUUAAUAGGGAUCUGCAUCUGCUCUACUGUCGCGUUCCUGGGAGUUUACUAUGCUCUUAACAAAUUCCACCCGGCCUUAGUAAGCACCGUGCAGCACCUGGAGAUCGUGGUGGCCAUGUUCCUCCAGCUCAUCGUUCUGAGGAUGAUCCCCUCUGUAUAUGAUGUCAUUGGAGGUCUGGUCAUUAUGGUCAGCGUCUUCACGCUGACUGGAGUCAAGCUGUACAGGGUGAGUCGGGCCAUUCGACAAGAUUACCAAGAAAUACUAGACUCACCAAUCAAAUGAGUAUCUGUCUUCAGUCUGUCCGUAGGCACCGUUUGUGUGGGCUAUCCUUGGCCCAGGCAACCACACAGAACAUCCAAUUGUUGCCAGCACAUGUCCAGGUUCUGUUAUAAGACUUAGUGUACAAGACAGGAGGAAACUCAAAUAAGUUUAAAUUGGGAAGUUAUACCCACUGAAAAGCAAGCAAAAGAUCGAAAAAAGUUUUAAUUUUACAGAAAUUUAAAUGUGACAACAAACUCAAUAUGAGCAGUAAAAUAAGCGUCUCAUGGUGUGAAAUCUGGUCUUGCUCCUAACUCAACAUUGACCCCCUUAAAGGUCAUCCUCAGACACUGUCGUAAAAUUCCGACAUAUCAGCAAUAUAGCAUUUGACAAGUCUACUGGAUGUUGGAAAUUCUCAGGAUAGAAGUUCAAGAGUUCCCCCGGUUAGAGUACCAUCUUGAAUCCACCAUGAGGCAUCAAUAAAGCUCCCACUGGCAGAACCACCUACUUGUCUGUUUACAUUGUCGCUAGGUUGUGCAAUUUUAAUGAAUGUCUGGAUCUUUAUCGGGUUGAUUUUGUAUUGCUGUGUCGUUGCGAUGAGUGCCAGUUGUGUAACUUCAGUCUUGGUAUUUGUGAGUGGAAAAAAAAAAAACUCUAAAACAGCUACUCAGCCACAAUCGCUUCAAUGUUCAAGUGUAUCAAACACCAAAAAAAAACCUGAACAAAAAAAUGUUUUAAAAUAGUGAAUCGUUUUUGGCUCUGACUCUGGUUUUGUGAGUGGCAGUCUGUUUUAUUUUUUAUUUUUUUCUAAACAAUGAGGUGUGUCUGGUGCACACUGCCAUGUUUGUCACAUGUGUUGAUGUCAGCCAAGAACUCAUUGAAAAACAUACACGACACAAAAAAAUAAAACAAUAU